AAUUACUUCCCCCUGUGACGCAGAGUGAGCUCAGGUCAGGGAGUGUGUACAGUAUGUGUGCGUACGUGCAUGUGUUUGUGAGGGGGCUAUGACUACCCUAUGAAAAAAGGGCAGCCACAAGAGGACUUAAAUAGAGCAACAGGAGGAUGAGAUGACCACUUGUAUCCGAUGUGGAUCUGCAGGAUGUAUCUGAAGAGAACUGUUCUGUAGCUAUUGGCCCAGGGAACGUGGAGAGCUAUGCCACUAUUCAACCCCUUGGCGUGGGUGCGGGAGUGGCUGCGACAGAGCAGAGGCUCCUCCAGACUGGUGCUGGUGGUCGUGUGUGUAGCCCUGCUACUGGAUAACAUGCUGCUUACUGUUGUCGUGCCCAUCAUCCCAACCUUUUUAUAUGCCCUUGACCACCCGACACAAGACCCCUUCAUCCAGCCCAGCACACAGGGGCCAUCUGAGGAGGGCUUCACAUUGGCCUCGGUCCACUCCUUCUAUGACAACACUUCCUACAGCCUCAGAGGCUCUGAGAGCAACCUGUCUGAGGCCCUCCUCUUCAACAUCUCCAGAAACUCCAGCCAGGUGAAAGGCAGCACAUGCCAGGAGGACAGUGCCUUCUUGGACAAGGAGAAUGUUCGUGUGGGACUCCUCUUUGCUUCCAAGGCUCUGGUGCAGCUUCUAAUCAACCCCUUCGUGGGUCCCCUGACCAACAGGGUUGGAUAUCACAUACCAAUGUUUGCUGGCUUCAUCAUCAUGUUUGUUUCAACAAUAAUGUUUGCCUUUUCAGGUACAUACGCCUUGUUGUUUUUUGCUCGCUCUCUUCAGGGAAUUGGUUCCUCUUUCUCCUCUGUGGCAGGGCUGGGAAUGUUGGCCAGUGCGUACACAAAUGAUGAGGAGAGAGGCGUAGCCAUGGGGAUCGCUCUGGGUGGACUGGCCAUGGGUGUCCUCAUUGGAGCGCCAUUUGGCAGUGUGAUGUAUGAAUUUGUGGGGAAGACUGCUCCUUUCUUAAUCUUGGCUUUUCUUGCAGUAUUUGAUGGAGCGUUACAGCUUUGUAUACUUCAGCCAUCAAAGAUUUCACCAGGAAGUGUGGAGGGCACUCCUUUGCUGACCCUACUGAAGGACCCCUACAUUCUCAUAAGCGCAGGCUCUCUGUGCUUCGCCAACAUGGGAGUCGCCAUUCUGGAACCCACACUUCCCAUCUGGAUGAUGCAGACCAUGUGCUCUCCCAAAUGGCUGCUUGGUAUGGCUUUCCUACCAGCAAGCAUUUCUUACCUUAUUGGCACCAAUUUAUUUGGUUUGUUGGCUAACAAAAUGGGAAGGUGGCUGUGCUCCAUGAUUGGGAUGUUUAUUGUUGGCAUCAGUCUCCUUUGCGUUCCUUUUGCAAAGAACAUCUAUGGUCUUAUUGGUCCAAAUGCAGGCCUGGGGUUUGCUAUUGGAAUGGUGGACUCCUCUAUGAUGGCCAUAAUGGGAUACCUGGUGGAUAUUCGCCAUGCCUCGGUCUACGGCAGUGUUUACGCCAUAGCUGAUGUCGCAUUGUGUAUGGGUUUUGCCAUUGGUCCUUCGAUAGGGGGCUCCUUGGUCAGGGCCAUUGGAUUUCCUUACCUCAUGGUAUUCAUCGGCAUCAUCAACAUCUUCUACGCUCCCCUGUGCUUCUUCCUGCGUAAUCCUGCCAUCAGGGAGGAGAAGAUGGCCAUCAUAGACCAGGAAUGCCCGCUGCACAGGAAGAGCUACAACACACAGAAGGAGUGUCGAGAGUUCCCUUUGAGUGACGAGAGCGAGGAGGAAACAGAGGAGUAACAUGCUCCUUGUCAACCCAACACACACAUUUUUUUUACAGUGAAAGAGCAGAGGCAUUGUUCAUAAUGCCUUUGAAUUGACAUGAUGUCUAGAAAAUGCAUUUUGUUAGCACUUAUCUGUAUUCAAAGUUUCCUAAUGACCUCUGUACUUAGUUUAUUACUAGAAAUAACAAACAAUGGCACCUGUGUUUUUAAUAUGGCAUGUAUAGUGACAGAAGUGUUUGCAAUUUAUUUAUUGUGUGUGUGUGUGUGUGUGUGUGUGUGUGUGUGUGUGUGUGUGUGUGUGUGUGUGUGUGUGUGUGUGUGUGUGUGUGUGUGUGUGUGUGUGUGUGUGUGUGUGUGUGUGUGUGUGUGUGUGUGUGUGUGUGUAUGCAUGAACUUGGUUACUUUCAGUUACUCUCUGUCAGAUUUCUGUAAAUAAUUUCGCUUAAUGUACUAAGAGGUAAAAGGGACACUUGUGCAGGCUCAACAAACAUUAAAACCUAUUAUAAGCUUGAAAAUGAUGUCUUUACAUGCAUUUGGCAUUUGAUUGUAGCUACGUUUAUGUUCAUUUGUUGAGCCUACCGUAUGAAUCAGUAGCUUUCAAUGUUUGAAAUAUGAACGUCAAGAUAUGUUCAAUGUGUAUCCGGAUAACUAAUUGGUCUAGAUCUAGAUCAAUGCUUAUUCCUAGGCCUAUUCCUAAUUGCUGAAUAUAACCUAUCCACGAUCAUGAAAGCGGAUUAUUUAAUUCACAAUGCUCGACUAGAGAACAAUGUUUGUUCAGAGAUCAUAAAAGCUCAGAGCUUUUAGUUCAAAUGCUGUAACAUGUAAUAUCAGCUCUUCUAGUGUGUCUCCCUGUAUCAACCAAUCGGCUGCUGUCUGGUAUAGUGCAAGAGCUAUCUCACCUCACCUUUAAUUUCCUCUUUGGCUGUAGCAAGGCUCUGUCUCUGUCCCAAAUGGCACCCUAUUCACUAUGUAGUGCACUACUUUGACCAGGACUCAUAGGGCUCUCGUCUAAAGUAGUGCACUAUAUAGGGAAUAGCCUAGGGUCCCAUUUGGGACACAACGCUGUGUUGGGUCGGUUUACUUCUAACCAAGCAGUGGAAAUUAUGAACACAAAGAGGCAAAGAUGAGAUAAAGAGAGCAAGAUUGGCAUCAUUGUGGCUCAAAUGCCUCAAAUCUUCUUGGCCCACAUAAAUAACAUAUUGCAAGUGCAUGUGAUGUGAUGUGAUGCAAAACAAGUGCAUGUGAUGCAAAGCAAAUUGUCAAAGCCAAAGUGUAUAUUUGAUUGCACAUUAUAAAUGCUAAAUGAAGUCUUAUUAAAUGUAUCUGGAAAACAAAAUAAAAAGUAAACUACAAUGAAUCAAGUGGAACA